CGCGACCAAGCUAGACGCUUGUUUCAUAGGCUUAGGCCGCCGUUGUACCGUUGCAAAGUUGCAGGUCCCCAAAGGUUGCACCACUGUUUCUAUCGUGCGAUCAAGAAGAAGUCUGGUUCGAGUGGGUUGGCGCGCAAACGCGCACCCUUAAGUGACUUGUAAACGGAAGUGAGUGACAGUUGGCGAGGUUUGUGGAAAUUGGCGCCAAAUAAGGUGUCGUUGAUCAUCGGUUGGGUUUCUUCAGGUGAACCAGUCGUAUUUACCUUCUGGAGUUACUUCUUCGGAGGAGGUUCCAGCUGCGCGAUCGUGUUGUGUCUUUGUUUUCCUGUAUCGGCGCGCCCUAUUGUUCUGCGAAGCGUUAGCGUUAGCUGACAGUUCUUCGUGGAACGCUUCCGAACCCCGCAACCGGAACAAGGAUUCUAACUGACGACGCGUGGUCGCGGUCUUCCGAAAACCAUGAGGACUCAAAUUAGUCCGGACGGUUCGUACGUCAACGAGGGGAUGAACUGCUCCUCGCUGGACAUAACGAUGCCCAACGGGGAACCGCACGGCGGUUUGACGGGUUCGAACGAGUUUAUCCUGUCCGCAAGCGGGAAGAAAAUCUCCUCGGAGAAUCGCAUGGAGCAGGUGAACCAGUGGUGCCAGCGAAAGGUCAAAAGUGCCUGCACGAGAAAGAUGCUCCACAAACGGUUGCCAAUUUCGCGGUGGCUACCCAACUACAACUCGUCGGACGCGGUCGGGGAUUUAGUGGCGGGAAUCACCGUCGGCCUAACCGUAAUUCCUCAGGCCCUCGCGUAUUCCGGCAUUGCUGGGCUUCCCGCAGCGUACGGUCUCUACGGUUCCUUCCUCGGGUGCAUCGUGUACAUCUUCCUCGGCAGUUGCAAGGACGUUCCGAUGGGUCCGACGGCCAUUUCGGCUCUGCUGACGUACCAGACGGCGCGGGGCAAUGUUGCCAAGUCGAUUCUGCUGUGCUUACUGACGGGGAUCAUCGAGCUGUUGAUGGGUCUUUUCGGGUUGGGCUUCUUGGUGGACUUCGUUUCGGGUCCGGUUUCUUCCGGAUUUACGUCUGCGGUUUCGCUGAUCAUCGUAACUUCGCAAAUUAAAGACGUGCUGGGUAUCUCGGCGAAGGGAACUACGUUCUUGGAGAUCUGGCAGGCCAUCUUUGCCGACAUUCACAACAUUCGAGCGUGGGACACGGUGCUGGGACUCACCUGCAUCGCUGUGCUACUAAUUAUGAGGAUUGUAGCAGGACUGAAGGUGGGCCCCGAAGAGGACACGCUCAAGUCGCGCAAGCACCGGAUCAUCAACAAAUUCAUGUGGCUGAUCGGGACGUCCCGUAACGCGAUCCUGGUGGUGGUUUGCGGCGCCAUCGGGUACGUGUUCCAGUCGUCGGCACAGGCUCCGUUCAAACUGAUCGGCGAGAUUCCACCGGGCAUGCCGUCCUUCCAGGCGCCCUUAUUUUCGCUGACCGCCAACGAGAACUCCAGUGGACGGGCCGAGUCAUUUUCGGAGAUCGUCUCCGGACUGGGAUCCGGUUUGAUCGUGGUUCCGCUGAUCGCACUUAUGGAGAACAUCGCCAUCUGCAAGGCGUUCUCCAACGGCAAACCGGUGGACGCCACCCAGGAACUGAUUGCCAUCGGAGUCGCCAACAUCGCAAACUCCUUCGUGCAAGGCUUCCCCGGAACGGGAUCGCUGAGCCGUAGCGCCGUAAACAAUGCGUCAGGAGUGAGGACUCCCAUGGGUAACAUCUACACCGGUGCCCUGGUGGUGCUUUCGCUGAUGUUCUUCACGCCGUACUUCUCGUACAUCCCGAAGGCGUCGCUUGCGGCGAUCAUCAUCGCGGCGGUCGUUUUCAUGGUCGAAGUCAAGGUCGUCAAACCCAUGUGGCGAACCAAGAAGAGCGACUUGAUUCCUGGACUCAGCACGUUCAUUGCCUGCUUGGCGCUUCCUCUGGAGAUGGGAAUUCUCGUUGGAGUCGGCUUGAACGUUAUCUUUAUCCUGUACCACGCGGCUAGACCAAAGAUUUCCGUAGAACGGUUAACGAGUCCCGGUGGAACCGAGUACCUCAUCAUCACGCCCGAUCGCUGCCUGAUCUUCCCGUCGGUAGACUACGUGCGGAACCUCGUCACGAAGCACUCGAUCCGGCAGUCGCUCCCCGUUGUGAUCGACUGUUCGCACGUGUACGGCGCCGACUACACGGCGGCCACCGUCAUCGACAGUAUUACGGCGGACUUUACCAAGCGGGAUCAGCCGCUGUUUUUCUACAACCUGAAGCCGAGCGUGUGCGCCGUGUUCGAGGGUCUUUCGCCGGUGGACUUUGUCGUGUAUUACCGAGAGGAGCAUCUGGAUGAGCUACUGAAGGAGCGUGCGUACAAGCCGAAGCAGGUGCUAAGUGCUUAAAGUCCAGGGAACGACCUGGGAGUAUGUGAGUUGCCGACAGUAUUAGGGCCUAAUUGCUGGGCGCCUCGAGGUAUUACGAACGCGUUACCGUUAAUCCUAUUUCACCGACGGCCGAGCGAUGUGUAUUUAUUAACAAUUACAACGAGCAUGAUUUUACUCUCCGUAACCUAAUCGAAGACAAUUUCAAAGAAAACCUUACUUCUUAGAAUUAAUGUUUGGCCAUCGACACUGUUAGUUCGUUUUUUUUUGCGGAAUCCUCAAAAUUUCCAUAGGUUUUAAAUUGCACGAACGUUUGUAACAUUCCGGCCAUAAUUUAUUAAUUAAGGAUUUUCACUGAAGCAGCAUGCAUGGUAUGAAGACACUUAAACAUGUUUUAACUUAUGAUAUGUAUUAUAUUUGCUAUUGAUGAAUAAAUAACUGUGAUAAGGCGAUACGUUUUAAAA